AUGAUGUUGGAUCACGCGUAUCCGAAUCUGGUGAAAGCUGAAGAAAAUGAUCUGAUGGUGUUGCAUCACAUGGAUAACGAGACGUUGAUCAGAUUAUCCAAGUAUACAACGAAUUGGCCAGAACCGAAGACGAAGACAGAGUUUUUCGGAUUCAUAAAAGAUGAAAAAUAUGAAGAUCCAGAUCCAGUGAAUCAUUUAAAGUGGAAGAAUGAUGCUGAGAUGAAAGAAAAAAGUGCAGCUGAUGAAUUAACUAAGUUAGAAGAUUUUAGCGGAACUCGAAAUGAGCGGUUUACAAAAGUUGAAAAAGAAAAGAAAAGAGGUGGAAAGAGAACUCCGAAAGUUCAAACAGAAGAAGGAUCGUCUUCUCAAUCUCAAAAGAAGCGUAAAAAGAAAGCUGUUGAGACAAUGCUGGUUGAUGAACCAGAGGAAGAUGAAACAGAAGCUAACGUUGAAAUAGAUCAUGAUCAGUUAUCUCCUGAAACUGGGCGUUUGAUGAGAGAUAUUGAUGAUACUUUGGAAGCUAAAAAAACAGCUAGUGAGAAAGUAGUUGGUGAUGAAGAAAAGAGUUUAUCUGGUUCAGAACAUGAGGUUGAUGCUAAAGUUGAUAAAUGGAUCAAAGAAAACUAUGAUCCAAGAGAUAGAGAAACACAAAAGAAGAGAAAGAGGAGAUCAGGUGACGAUGAUGAUGAAACGUAUGUACCACCAGAAGAUGUUCAGGUUGUAGCACCACCAUCUUCGGGAGAGAGUAAAGUUCUUGAAAAGCUUGAUGAUUUUAGCUUUGUCAAUGAUGAUCUUGUCAAAGAGUUGCAAAAGAAGGUGGAUGAGAUUGACGCUGAUCAAGCCGACAUUGAUAUUUUGAAAGUUCGAAUAGCAGAAUUGGAAGAAGAAAAGGCUCGAAGAGAUGAGCAGAAUGAGUACUUUAAAUUGAAAAAUAAAGAAUUAGAAGCCAAUAACGCUAUGAAAGAACAUGAAGCAUAUAUGAUGAAGAAAGUGUUGGAAAAUUUGAUUGGAAAGGCGAUCGAACAAAGAUUUGAAGAGAUCGAACUUGAAGAAGUACGAGCAAGACGUAAAGCUGAAAUUGAAGCUGAAAUGAAAGAUAAAGGCAAAAGUGUUCCAGUUGAAGGUGUUGCUCAAGUGACUGAAAGGGCAAUUAUUGUGUCUGAGCCAACAAAAGAUCCAGAAACGUCUAUUCUAGAUCCUUGUCCAAUUUGUUCAGUAUCUGAUGAUGUAUAUUCUGUACAUAGUGAUGAUGAUGAUGAUGGCAAUGAUGAUGAUGAUCAAGGUGCUUCGGGUAUCAAAGUAACUGAAGCGUCAAAUGAAGAGAAGAUUGAUGAAUAUCUUCAUGAUGAUGCAAAUGAAGAACCUGAGAAUGCAAGUGGAAAGGGGGAGCAUGAUGAUGCUGAGAAUGUUGAUCAAAGUACAAGAUUGAUUCUACGUCUUGAACACGAUGUAGAAGAAGGUGAAAUUCUGCAUACUUACAUAAGAGCUGAGAUCAUCAAGAUGACACAUAUUGAAGAUAAUGAGUUUAACUUCGAUUUUGAAGAAGAGUUGAACAAGUUUGAUAUCAAUCAGCAGCCAGAAUAUCAGUACAAGUACGUUGAAGAUGUUGAUAAUUAUGACAAAGUGGAAGUGGAAGAUUGGAGUGAUGAAGAUCAGUCUGAGAACAUUAACGUUGAUACUUCUAGCUUUCCGACACUUGCUGAAUUUUUUAGUCAAGCGAAUGAAGAUGAACUGCGAAGGAAAGUUGUAGAAAGUGUAAAGAAUAAAAGUUUUCAAGAAAUGUCAAAAGAAGAACAACACGAAGAAAGAAAGAAGUGGUUCAGGAUAGAUACAGAAAGAAAAUUCAAAAGACCACUGAAGUAUUACAAAACAGAUAGAGAAGUUUCUUUGGGAGAUAUAAUAAGUUGGGGUUAUUUGCCACAAGUCAACGCGUAUGCAAUUCGAAGAGAAUUUGGCGUUCAGUAUUUUCAGUAUAUUCAAGAUAUAAUGUCUCUGCCUUGGUGGGAUGUUGAAGAAUUGCCCAAAGUCAGAACAUUAUCUUAUCCAGUCAGGGUUCACGAUAUGCCAACGUGGGGUUUAAUGAAGUUUGAAGCUUUCAAAGAAUUUAAACACUGGAAGCCACAUCUUCCUAAGAAAGUGAAGAGGAUUGAUCCAGUUACAGGCAUUGAAGAAACAAUUCUGCAGAUCAAAAAGCCCAGAGUGUUGAAGAAUAUUCCAUUGCCGAAGAUGGAACAAAACUUUCAUGAAGGGUUUGUAUGUUGGGUGUAUAGCUGCAUGACAACUGAAGCAGUGAUUGUUUACAAGGUUGGGAAUGAUAGUAGAUACAUUCAUCUGUACGAUCCAAUGUGGAUUGUGAAUUUUUCUACAAAGGAUAUCGAGUGUUUGUUUGUGAACAAGAUUGGGUAUAAAGCUGAAGAUAAAGAUCAAGCUCUACAGUUUCAGAAAGUUGUUACAAUAUGUUUUCAGAAAGGUAUAAAAUCUGAAAAUAUGUGGUUAUCAAAGUGGAGAAAGAUUGAUAAGGAAGAGUUUCUGAAAGCUAAGAAGGAGAGAAAAGAACAUGAAGAAAAAGAUAGAACUGCUAGUUUUACAGUUGUGCAAAGACUUGCUGAAGAAGAAAAGAAAGUUGCUAAAGAGAAAGAAAAGCUAAAGAAAGUGUUAUGGAAGAAGCCAAAGCGUCAUGAAGAGAAGUUCAAGUCUUUGUGA